AUGAAUUUGGCGACUAGGACAUCUCUUCAAAGAUCUAGGGCAUCAGAGUGGGGUCGUCCUUCGCCGACACAGUACGCGUGGUUAGGAGGGGGUCGUGUGACCCCUCCGACCAUAGCAUCAACACCUGAUAUGAAUAUGACCUGGUCGAGUUCACUAGGAGCAAAACAGCCGUCAUCAUAGUGGACAAGCUCAGGGCAUUCUUGACGACAAUCUCGGCUUACAAACUGGUACUGUCUCCAGGUUGGCUCCAAUAGUUUUUCUCGAGGUUCUAGACCUGGACACAGCUGCCACCGCUGAUGAAGUAUUUAGCGUGACACGAACACACUGGGUGACAACGACGACCCCAGCUUGUUGGCUCCAACAAAGCCGAUGUAACUGUCACUGGAAUCUGUGACUAUCAGCUGAAUUGCGCUUAGAAUCGUUUUUUGUUAGCAAAGGUUUAUCGUUGCUAACAGAUAAACAUUAAAUUGCCUACUGUAUCCUACAUUCUCAACUUCUCACCUAUGUGAGAACUUCUAUACAAAUCCACAAAUCACCUCCAACAACAGUAUAUGGUAUAAAUGAUCCUAAAAAACUAAUGGAUAAUUUGAAACUCAAAGAAGCUGAGGGAUACGAGCAACAAUUAAGAACUUAAGUAAAGGCAAAACCUUGAUGAAAUUAAAAUAUUAUCGGGCAACCACCCGUUUCAACAACACCAGUUUCGAUGAACUAUAAAAGUAUUACAAGAACAAAAAGUUGAGUACCUCAGAUACCAACCUAAAACAGAAAAAGUUCCAUGUGGUAGUUUGUGGAUUACACCCUGACCUUUGCGACAUUGAAAAUUAACUAUCCGAAUUAGGACAUCUUGUAUUUAAUGUUACGAACAUCCAGAUUAAAAAAAAGUUGACCCUAAUAACAAGGGUAAUGAAAGUUUGCUCACAAACGCGAGACAAGAUGAGAUCACCAUAUCAAUCCACUAGCCAUCCAAUUAUUAGACAACUUCAUUAGAGACAUUAGAUGCCUUAAGAGUCUGAAACCAAAUAAGAAUGUAAAGUAUAUAUUAACAUCUAGUAUAUACAAUAAAUAUAUAUUUAUAAAGACCUUCAAGUUGUUUAAAUAAUAAAUAGUCUCUGGGCAUUUGAUAAAAAAAAAACUUCUCACAUAUAACAGUGGUUACAUGUAUGUCCUGUAUAUGCCUGUUUAACUUUGAGGAUGGUUUCCAGUAGAAAAUCGGAUCUACUUUAAAGGGGGGGGGGAUCAAAAGCAAACAAUUCCCAGUAUUAUUAUAUUUUAAGUGUUCACUGUUUUGUUUCCAAGCAAUGAUUCAAAAUUGUUUUUUUUUUUUUUUUUAUUAUAAUUAUAAAUUAUAAUACUGUUUCUAUUAAAAAAAAAAUUAAAAUAAGUAAAUAAACAUUUUGUUUUUAUUUAUUUUUCAGAAACCAUACAUAUUGCUUAUAAUGAAAUUGUUAUUGAUAUUUAGAUUUUAUGCAUUACAAACAAUUUAACCUGUUGCUGGAGACAUUAUAUGUGCCAGUGAAACUUCAGCCUGUAAUAUAGUUUGAACAGUUACUGAAGCUAUCAGUUCUUCCAGACCACUUUAAAUUAUAAUGCUAGAAUAUCACUGUAAUAUUCAGGAAACUAGACUGAACUUUUGCAAUAUCAAUUUUCAAGAAUUAUAAGUGCUAUUGAUUGUACUCAUGUCAAACUUCAAUCAAUCGGUAAUUUGUCGAACUACUUCAUAGUUUUCAUUAUUAUUUAUUUUGAAAUUAAAUUAAAUGAAGUUUAAUUAUAAUUAUAUUUUUAUAAGGGAAUAUAACAGAAGUGUAUAGAAAUAGGAAAGGUUAUUUUUCAUUAAAUGUUCAAGUAGUUGGAGGACCUACACUUGAAGUUCUUGAUAUAGUUGCUAGAUGGCCUGGUUGGACCCAUGAUCAAGUCAUAUUUAAAAACUUGACACUACAUUUUCAAUUUAAAACAAACAAAAUGGGAGAUAAUAUUUUAUUAGGGUGAUAAAGGUGUUAUGAAUGUUCUCCAUAUAUAUUAGUUCCAUUAAUCUCUCCAAAUACAAGUGCUGAAUUAUUAUACGAGUUCCAAGUAAGAACUCAGAAUAUAAUAGAAUGUUUGUUUGGAGUAUGGAAGAGAAGAUUCCUAGUAUUGUCACUUGGUAUAAGACCGCCAGAUAGAGCUUAAGCAAUAAUAUUAGCUACAGCAUUAAUACAUAAUUUAGCUUCAUUAUUAAGAGAAUCAAUACCUUAAAUAUACCAAAAUAUUAUGAACCAACAACCUAUAAAUAAAGAACCGAAUGUACUGUUAAUUGUAGUAGACAAAGGAAAUAUUAAAACAUUUGUUAGAACGAGUUUAAUUAUAGACUAUUUUUAAUAUCUUUAAAAUUUAAAAAUAUUUAAAAACAGCUAAAUAUUUUUUAACUAUAUAAGUUUAUACUAGUCAAUAAUAUUUAUUAUUAUUAUUAAAUCAUACAAUUGUUAAAUUCCCAAAAGAACAUUUUUAUUAAGAUAGUUAAAAAAGAUUAUUUUUAUAUAAUUUAAAAUUAACCCAGUUUUUUUAAAGUAUUUUCAUUUUUAAUUCAUGCUCUUCUUUUACAAACUGUAUUUUUAGAUUGUGUUUUUUUUUUGUAAUUAAUUAAUAAUUUGCUGAAAAUAUUUUUUUUUUUUUAGGUUUAUAAGCUCUGUUUUAGUACAUAACAUUUCUGAAAUGUUGGCUGAUAUCCAUUUACAAAUCAGAGAAAAAAAGGUAAACAGAGUACAUGCUUUGCUAUUGAUAGAUAAUAGUGUAAAUAAUAGUAAUAAUAAUAAUAAUAAUAAUAAUAUUUUUCUAAUUUAUGGCAACCAAAUUAUCAUCAAUAUCACCAAGGUAACCCAAAAAUAAAUAAAUAAACAAUUACCAAAAAUACCUAAACACCUAAUUAUUGCAAUUUUAGUGGGGAUCCCUAUUUUUUUCUAGUAAUAAAUAUAGCCUAUGAUACUCAGGUAUAAUGUAGUAUUCUAAUUGUGAAAGGAUUUUUGAAAUCAGUUCAGUAGUUUUUAAAUUUAUUUGUUGCAAUCAUACAAAUAUUUCCUCUUUAUAAUAUUAGUAUAGAUAUACUAUUAUAAUUGGUAGUAAAUAAUAUAAUAUAAUUUGAAUAUGCAAACAAAUUAAACUAUUGUGCAAAAGUAUAUUUAGUUCAUAAAUAUAUAAUUAAAAAAACUUGGAAGAAUUUAUAAAAUACUUGGCAUAUUUUUAAUUUUAAUGUUUAAGGAUUAAAAAUUUAAUACAUACAUAAUUUUCACGUAUAAUAUGUACCUAUAUGUAUUUUUUUUUUUGUUUAUCAUUUUAUUGAUUUUAUUUUAAUAAAUCAUAUGAAAUAUGUAUUGCACUGACUUUUAAAAAUGUCUGCAUUACAGAUGUUUCACAAUAUCAUCAUAAACAGUCAUAUCAAUGAAAAAUAUUUAUUUAUAACUGAAUUUAGUAGUCAAUUGAAAUUUUGAAAACUAUAUAUUAUAGAAAUAUUAAUACAAUGUGUUUUAUAUAGAAUAUUUAGCUUUAAAAUGAAUGCAUUCUUUUAAAGUUUUUUAAUUAAAAUUGUCAGAAGUAAUUUUAGAAUAGUUUGUUCUACAUUAAAUCAAUUGGUUCAAUUCUUUAAUGUUUGAAAAAUAUAUAUAUUAAAUUAUAGAUUGCAUUUAAAAUUUUAUCUGACAAUUUUAUGUCUUUAUUGUUCGGGUUUACUUGAAAAAUAGGUAUAUGAGUUCAAUCUUAACACCAGUGAAUGAUCUUCAAAUACUCAAAGAUUUAAUGUAAUAUGAUAGUACUGAAAAAAAAAAUAAAUAAGAUAAGUGACAUUAAAUAAAUUAGCAGAACAAUUAGAGUAUUAAGUGAAUGGUUAUUAGGAUUAGCAUUUUUCAAUGCUUGUGUUUCACUUGAAGAUAAAAAAAAAAUAGUCAUAGCUUUGAGUCAUAAUGGUACCAUUGAUUGCAUUUAUCUGAACAAAUGAAUUAUGUGACUUCAUCAACUAAAUGUGUGGGUAUUUUUCCAUUCAAUAAUUUAUUUAAUUGUUAUAAUAUAUUUAUAUUUUAUAUGUACUAAUAAUUUCAGAUUAUUUUUAAACUACAUAAAAUAUUUUUUUUCUAUUAAAUUUAGAAUAAUUUGACAAGUUUAUAAUAUAUGGCUUCUAUAGUAAAUUUGACACCUCUUUUAUAGGGGGACUUGGCAAUUUUAUUGAUGAAAAAAAUGUUAAUGAAAUCAGAAUUUGGGGCAUGAACUUAGUUUCAAAGUUAUAGCCAAUCGAACUAUUGCACAGUAAUAACUUCACUUGAAUUAUAAUUUGGUGUUCAAAGUUCGAUCCUCCCGUAAGACUGUUAUUCAAUUAUAUAUGCACAUAUAAUAAAAAUAAAGAAAUCUAAAAAAUGGAUAGGUUGCUAAACUAGAAAUAUGCCAAUAAGAACAUAAUACAUAUAAUGUAUAUUGUAUACUGAAUUUUAAGUGCUUAACACAAAAACUAAAUCUGAGCCAUAAAUUCUGACAACCAAUGAUUUAAGCAUGCUUAACUACAUAAGUAUCAGAAAUAAAAAAAAAAAAAGGGGCGCGCAAAGUAAAAAUAUGCCUAAAUGUUAAUUUACCUGGAUUAACGGAAACAACUUUAGUUCAUUAAACGCUUUAUGGAGUCAGUCCUCUCGUUCUCAGCGAUGUAUGUGAAAAUGCCUGUUCAGGGUAAAGUGCUUCCAAUCAGUCGCAAAUUAAAUAUUAAUUUAUUACAUCAGUUUUAAACAAUUUUUGAAUACUUUUAUCUGUAUAAUUUUUGUUGAUGUGUUCCACGGGCGUUGGCUAGAUAAUCGAUGAACGAGCCACCCAGUGGUUCCCAAAAUUGAAAAUGGCUAUUAAGGCGUUAGAUAAACACUAAAGAAGCACAAAUGUACGAUAAGAAGCCAACUAAAAUAUGACAGUAGAUUAAGGUAGGUAAAAGCAUCUUACUUUGGAAAUAAUUAAAUACUCACAAGUCCGUCACUACUUUCUGACCUAGACUUAAAUGUCGGGAAAGAAAAACAAAUUCUGGAUCUGUACUCAAAGUCCUGGUGGAAAAACUGUUCACAGGAAAAAAGACCAUAAUAUGUUUAACUAAUAUUAUUGAUUAUAAAUACUAUAGUCGGUUUCACAACACCAGGCACUCAAUCGAAGCGCGACCCGUGGUCAAUUUUCGUCAGGGUUUCAAAAAAUGUUCGUAUAAAAGCGCGCCACAUUUAAAAAAAAUAUAAUGACAGCUGUUAGGUAUAUUUCACAUUUUAGUAACCUAUGUAUACAAUCCCAUUGAGUUAAUAUGUGCACAGGUAAAAGGGAAAGUCGUUAAAAACAGUACAACUUUUAAAUUUGUCGAUGUCGAAAAAUUGUUAAAUGACGCAUUGGACUCAGUAACUGUUGAGAAUUGGAAAAAAUGUACCGAUCACUGCCAUAACUUAGCAAGACGAAGAUUUCAUCAAAGAAGGAUUAAGAGACGAAAUGUUGACACCAAUAAUACUGACAAUCAAUCCUGAUGAUAGUAGUGAUAGUGAGAGCGACAGCGAAAGAUCUUAA